AUGACAACAAGCAGCACAUUUUCCUCCAUCAUUUUCGACGUGGUCCUCUGCGCCGCUCUUCUCGUCUCCCUUAUUUACUAUUAUAGUAAUGGAAGACAAUUUUCGACCCAUUAUUUAGUGGGCUUCUGCGCGUUUUUCAUUCUUUUCGCCCUAUUUCUUAUCGCCAUCGUCUAUCUUUUUGCCACCGAGAAGCGAAGAGCCGUUCUGUUCGCCGUUGUAAUCACGAUCGCCCGCUUCUUGUCGGCUAUCGUCGUGGUCAUCGCCUGGUUGGCCGAUUAUAAUGGUCCGCAGGGCGAAAAGGACGAAAACGAUCCGUACGAAUGGAUUUCAAACCGCAAACCAAUACUGUUCGCGUUCACCGCAAUUUACGUGCCAAUUUUCAUUGUUCAACUAUUCGUCUUGAAUCGCAUUUACACAAAACGAACGCAAAUUAAAUUUUCUCAAGUUUAUUAA